CUGGUUCUAGUCGAUGUUCAGUAUGACUUUCUUGAGACGGGCACAUUACCUGUGCCUAAAUCAUCUGAGAUAAUCCCCGUAAUCACCAAAUUGAUGAAGCUCAUCAAAGACAAUGGCGGAUUGAUUGUUGCAACUCAGGAUUGGCACCCUGACAAUCAUGUUAGCUUUGCUUCUAAUCACAAAGACAAGCUACCUUUUCAAUCGACGAUCAUAUACCAUCAAGGUAUACCUGUUAACCAAGUUCUCUGGCCCGUUCAUUGUGUGCAAAACACACACGGGGCACACAUUGUAGAUGCUAUCCCCUCUGAGCUCAUUGACUACACUGUUCAAAAAGGUCUUAACCACAACGUGGAUUCAUACAGUGGAUUUGCAGACAACCAAUACUUUGAGAUAACCAAAUUAGCAAAGAUCCUUUACCAAAACCACAUUGAGACAGUGAUUAUAGUUGGACUUGCAGCAGAUUAUUGUGUUAAGAUGACUUGUCUAGAUGCAAUCAAGUUUGGAUUCAAGACAAUCCUUAUCAAGGAAGCUACCCGUUCCGUUAAUCCCGAUGAGUUUGAUAGUACAAUGGAGCUAUUGAAUUCUAAAGGUGUGAUAAUAGCCCAUGCAAAAGAUUUGGCAAUUGCCUAG